CUGAGCUUCAGUCUUUGUGCCUUUUCUGCAGCAGGAACAGUGAUGGAGGCCAGGGCCGCGUCCCACUGCCGGAGCCUCGUCUCCUGGAUCUGAGGACGGCCGAGAGGACCAGGGGUCACGACAGCCAUGCCGGUGCUGGAGGUGAUCUGCAGCCUGAUUGGCUGGUUCUGUCUCUACCUGUUGUUCUGCUGCGCCUUCGCUCAGCGGGGGCCUGAGUGGAACUGCCGGCUCGUCACUUUGAUCCACGGGGUGGUCAUAGUGCUGCUGACGGCGUACGUCAUCUUCAUAGACGGCCCCUGGCCCCUCACACAUGCAGGCACAGAAAACACCGAGCUCCAGACCUUCUCCCUGGCCGUCUGCUUGGGCUACUUCCUCUUCGACAUGUGCUGGUGCGUAUGCAACCGCAGCGAGGGCCCGGUCAUGAUGGCCCACCACGCCGCCAGCAUCGCGGGCAUCCUGCUGGCUCUGCUCAUGGGAGCGUCGGGCUGCGAGACCUGCGGCGUUAUCUUCGGCAGCGAGAUCACCAACCCCCUGCUGCAGACCCGCUGGUUCCUCCGCCGGCUGGGCCUGUACGACGGCCUGCUGGGCGACGCCGUGGACCUGCUCUUCAUUUUCCUGUUCGCCACCGUGCGAGUGGGAGUGGGCACGGCGAUGUUCUACUGCGAGCUCACGUCCCCCAGGACCACGCUGGUCAUGAAGCUCGGCGGCGUGGUCAUGUACGGACUGGCCUGGGUGUUCAUGGUGGACAUAGCCCGGUUUGGCUACAAGAAGAGUCGGGCCAAGUACAAAAGGUGGCUGGAGAACCACAAGGUCGACACACAGAAACGGGAUGAGGGGAUUCACCUUAAAGACAGUUAAACUCACAGCUGCUAUCGUCUUUGUGCUGUUUCCAGUUGAGUAGAUGUUAAAAAGGAUUAUACCAUGGUCUGGGUGAAUACUCGAUUCUGAUUGGCUGCAGAGUGUCCGUUAAAAAGUGU